AUGGGGAACUUUGUUUCAGCUUGUAGCUUCGGGAUCUCCCCCAGAAUGAAGAACAACAAGGCAGCUAGAGUUAUUUUCCCAACUGGAGAAAUCCGCCAGUUUCAGGAUUCCGUCAAGGCCGCCGAGAUCAUGCUCGAUUGCCCCAAUUUCUUCCUAGUCAACUCACAGUCGUUGAAUAUCAACAGGCGGUUCUCGCCUCUCUCAGCCGAUGAAGAUCUGGAAUCUGGAAACGUCUAUAUUAUGUUCCCGAUGAGGAGAGUGAAUUCAAUGAUCACGCCAGCGGAUAUGGCGGUUUUUUGGAUGUCGGCAAAUAGCGCACCGAAGAGGAUUUCAGGAAAGAUAUCUCCGGAGUCGACACUAGGUGGUAAUGAGGCGGAGCAGCCGAGGUUGGUGGUGGAGGUGCCGGAGUUUAGUUAUCGGUUAGCGGUUUCCCGAUCACGGAAGCCAUUCCUGGAUACCAUUACGGAGGAGCCGGUUCGUUCAAAGUAA